AUGGGUGCACUGCGUUUUCAAAAGCUUCCUAUCGAACCGGCUCCUAUUUCAAUCCGUGUUGGACCGAUCGAUAUACCAAUAAUCAAGUCUUCAGUCAACUGGUGGAAUACAUCGCAUCAACCUGGGAGCAUUAGCCGAUAUGGUACAUCAAUACAUGUUCCUAUGCCCAUUCCAAUCUUGUCUAACUUUGCUAACUCCCCCUUCUCAAAUCGUAUCUUGUUCGUUCUGAAAACACGUCUUCUUAUUCCAUCUUUUCUCGAAUCUCCUUUAACGGAAGAAAUAGAAGCUCAAGAAGGAAUACCAAAACCUAGUUCACUCGUUGAGUCUCUUUGCAUCCAUGGCUUAAUGGUUAAAGCGCCCAACACUCGUUCAACACUCGUUCAAAACAUCCACUCUUUCUUCACUCGCUAG